GACGCACGCUUCUAAGUGUAAACAAUGUAUCCGGAUACAGUCGUUUAGUUUACUAAUUUCCAUGAGUUACUCCUAAAUCCUCGUUUUGAUCGUGACAAAAAGGACUGGGAACGAUUGUUGUUAGAUAGUAGUCCGUCAUAAUGGAUGAUGCAGCAUGGGGUCGUGUCUGAGCUUCGACCAAGAUGAACGGAAAGCGCGGGCCCGGAGCGAUCAAAUCGACCGUGACCUACAGCAUUUCGCCAAGGAACAGAGUGGCAUAAUUCGACUCCUGCUCCUUGGAGCAGGAGAGAGUGGCAAAAGUACCCUAGUCAAGCAAAUGAAAAUCAUACAUAAUGAUGGGUUCACCACAGAGGAACUCAAAACAUUUAAGCCUGCUGUGUUAGAUAAUCUCACAUCCUCAAUGAAGUAUGUUCUGACCGGAAUGGGACUUCUCAUGAUCAACUUAGAGAAUCACAAAAACAGAAUCCAUGCUCAGACUGUGUUAUCCUGCCAACGUUGUUUUGAUGGAAACAACCUAAUGCUACCACACAUUGCCAACUCCCUCAAUUGUCUCUGGAAUGAUCGAGGGGUCAGACAUGCUGUCUCCAGGGGCUUCGAAUUUGAUCUCAACGAUUCUGCAAUAUAUUAUUUUGAAAAUAUGGAGAGAAUAUGUCGUGACAGUUACCUGCCCUCACCAGAAGAUGUUCUCCGGGCCCGAGUCAGAACAACUGGAGUCAUAGAAACUUGUUUUAAAGUCAAUGAUUGCAUAUUUAGAUUAUUUGAUGUUGGAGGUCAGCGAUCAGAGCGGCGGAAGUGGAUCCAGUGUUUUGACGAUGUGAUGUCGAUCUUGUUUGUUGUGGCGUUAAGUGGUUAUGACAUGAGAUUGAUAGAAGAUUCAUCUGUGAAUCGCAUGGAGGAGAGUCUUCGUCUGUUUGCGUCUAUCUGCAAUAAUAGGUUCUUUACUGACACAUCUCUGAUUCUGUUUUUGAACAAAAUGGAUUUAUUUCAAGAAAAGAUCCUUCACUCGGGGCGCCAUUUGAGAUACUACUUCACCGCUUAUCGAGGCGCUGAUCACGACGUUCACAACGCUGCCCUCUUCAUCCAACACAUGUUCAUAUCUGAAUGUCUAAGUCCAUCCAAAGUGCUCUACCCUCAUUUCACAACCGCCACUGACACCAGCAACAUCCAAGUCGUUUUCAAGGUCGUCAUGGAUACCAUCAUUCGAGAAAACCUACAGGCUGCGUCGUUGUUAUGACCCAGCAGAAAAAAACAUUCAUGUAUGAUGCAUCGAAAAGUCAUUGGUGCACAACCCAUCAGAUCAGUCAUUCGUGCAUUCAGACACACUAAUUUCUGGACUUUUAUUCAGAGACAGUAUUUAUUUGUCAUAUUCAUCUGGUGCACUUCUUACAGCCAAAAUGUAUCCAGACGUUUGUUCAAGUGAAGAAAACUGGAAAUAUGAAAAAUGUUCAGGAUAGAUGAUUUGUAUGGGAUUCCAUCCAGUUCGCCUGCUCCUAAAUUACUAAGAGUGAAAUUGUGAGCUGAUGUUGAUGAUAUAGCUGAACCCGGCCGGGACCAGACUUUUUGUUUCUUUUCUCUUAGUUUCAUUACACGAUAUGAUGAGUUACAGUUGAUCGGGGUUUGCGAGGUGUUAUGUUAUGAGCAAAUCAUCAUAACCGGGUUCAACUGAACAUGCAAGAUGGGUUUGCUCCAUGCUGGGUUUAUGAAACUGGUCAGUGCGCACUUUGGAACAAAUGAUUGGAUGAAUUUCUGUUGCCUGCACUAUUUCUUACACCUUUUUGACAAAUUCACCAAUUAUCCAUUGAUCACUUAUCACUAGGCCAAGCCGAAGGCACCCUGCAAAUGAACCAUUUUGUCACUGUGGCAACCCUGAUGAGUGAUAAAGCAUCUGUGAUGACCACUGACACCUAUUUAGUGACUUCGAGAAACUUUUGUCACAUGUGCUCAGGAUCAGAGGUCGCAGUGACAAAAGUUGCUAAUUUGUGGGGUGCUUAAGAUCCUGAUUUCAGUUAACAAGCAAUGUUUUAAAGUAUAAUUGUUUAUAUAUUUGUUUGUUUGUCCUGUGAGGAUUGUCAUUUGUGUUAAUCAUUCAAGUACAGCCAGGUAUUCUUAUAAUUGGAAUACUUAUAAUUUACCAUAAUAUUUCCAUGAAAUCGUUGGGAUGCUAUUACCUUGAGGUGAGAGCAGAAGAGAAAAGCACUAUGCAUACUGACAUUGAAAACUCCAUAUAAAAGCUUACUUGCUUAUGCUCCCGGUUUUUGUGUUUUUGGAGAUGCAUGCCUGCCAUUUAUAAUGCAUUUUGCGCAAUUUGUUGCAACAUUUUUAUAGACAUAGUCAAAUUUAGUACCAUUGCAUAUAUCUAAGAAUCUUUCUUUCUGAGACCUACAACGAUUCAAUACUUUAGCUUGUGAACUGUCUAUCCAGUGUGACACAAUUACAUUGCACAAGGUUACAAAGGUCUCAACACAAGAGAAAGUUUGUUAAAGUUCAGUGCUAGAAAAAAGUUAUUUUUGUGUUGUGGCUCUACCUUCCUUAUCUUACCUUGCUGUCCAUUUUAUAAAGUUUUCUAGACUUUCAGUGAAAGAAAAUUAUAAUAAACUUGUUUGCAUAUAUACAUUUUAGAUAAACAUUUUCGAUAAAAUAUUCCAUGUGAUUAUACAUUCCACGGAAUACGGCAAAUUAAACAGGGUCACUGGUGUAUUCUUCUUUUACAUAUCAACCAAGAAAACAUUGCACAAGGUUACAAAGGUCUCAACACAAGAGAAAGUUUGUUAAAGUUAAAGUGUUCCAACUUUGUAAAUUGAUAUCAAAAUAUGUGAUACAUUAACAGGGUCACUUAAUAGCUUUCUUUUUUGAUGGAACCAUAAAUGUACCCACCAUUUGUAGGAUGGCCUCAGAUUUUGUAUCAAUACAGAGUGUCAGUCAAAUCAGGGUACAGUUAAUAAUAAUAAAUAAUAAAUUGUUAUUUGUAAAGCGCCUGUAUCACUUGAAACAAAUGUUCACCGGCGCUGGUGAGCUCUAUUGAAAAGAAGGGUCUUGAGUUCUUUGCGAAAGGUUGAGAUAUCCGAUGUAGCUCUCAGGGUGGGGGAAAGAGAGUUCCACAGUUCAGGUGCUAAAGUGGCGAAUGCUCGACCUCCAAAUGUUUUCAAUCUAUAUUUCCUGCAAGUGAGAAGGUCCUGAGAUUCAGAGCGAAGGUAACAGUUGCAAGGCUUAAUAACUUUUGUUUUAACUGACAAGCGAGACUGUAUAUAUUGUUGAUUGGUACAUGUAAGUCAAAAUCCAGCCUCACAAUCCCUUUUUCUGGUGGUUUGUGUAAUAACUGAUAGAUGGAUUGGGGUGUGGUUAGUAUGGAACAAAUCAUGAGAGCUUCUAGUUUAUCAGAGUAUUUCACUCAUUAUGCCUUGUAACUGUGCCCUGUUUUAAUGAACCCUGUAUGACCAAGAAUGGAUGACGACAUCUGAAAUUGACACCCUGAAGUGCUUCCCAUGCUCCCCAAAUGAAAACUCCGCUCUCAAACAGAGUAAAAAUCAAGUUCCUUUAAGGGUUUACAGUGUCAGUUUAUAGCGUUAGCUUGGUUAUUAUCAAGCAGUCCAAUUUGUUCCUUCCAAUAGCAUUCAGACAUAUCUUGUACAACUUUGUAUAUAUAUUUAGCUGUUAUUUUACAUUUAAUAAUAGCAGAUGAAUUGAAUUAACAUC